AUGUAUUGUCGCAUACUUCGUGUACCUAGGAUGAAUUCCUCUACUUUAUUGUUUGUCAAGAACACAGAACAAACACAAACAAAAAUACAAAAAGAGAAUCAACGAAGAAGAAAAUUGGUGAAGGUGAUGUGGGUUUCCGUUUUAGCUCUAGCGGCGGCGAUUCUCCUUUUGACGGUGGCCAAAAUCCCGGUGGCAGAAGGGGUGACGUGCUCGCCGAUGCAGCUGGCUUCACGUGCGGCCGCGAUGACGUCAUCUUCGCCGCCAUCGGAGGCCUGUUGCGCAAAGCUGAGAGAGCAGCAGCCAUGCCUUUGUGGGUACAUGAGGAACCCUCUCCUCCGCCAAUACGUUAGCUCCCCUAACGCCAGGAAAGUCUCCAACAGUUGCAAGAUAGCUUCCCCAAACUGUUAAGGAAAUGUUAAUCAUGAUUAAUUACUAGUUAAGGUGGGUCUUGUCUUCGUCAGUACCGUGUAGAAUAAUAAUGACUGAUGAUGAUCAUCAUCAUGCUUGAAUGUUAUGUGAUGUAUGUUUCUAUCUUCUAAAAUAUGAAAUAUACUUUAAGAAAAUUAUAUGUCCU